UUCUAUCUAGUAACCUUAUAGUAUAUGCCAGUUUCAAAGUUCCCAGAGGUCCCAGUCUCUUUCCCACGUCUUCGGGUGAACAAACGUGUACUGCUGUGAUAAACAAAUUAGGAAUCGCAGCCAUGGUGCGUAUGAACGUUUUGAGCGAUGCCCUGAAGUCGAUCAACAAUGCCGAGAAGCGCGGCAAGAGACAAGUUCUGUUGAGGCCUUGCUCUAAAGUGAUCGUCAAGUUCUUGACUGUCAUGAUGAAGCACGGCUACAUUGGAGAAUUUGAAAUUGUGGAUGACCACCGCAGUGGUAAGGUGGUGGUGAACCUUACUGGAAGGUUAAAUAAAUGCGGUGUCAUUUCGCCCAGAUUUGACGUACCUAUCAAUGACAUCGAGAAAUGGACCAACAAUCUCCUGCCCUCUCGACAGUUUGGAUACGUUGUAUUGACCACUAGCGGAGGAAUCAUGGAUCACGAGGAGGCCAGAAGGAAGCAUCUGGGAGGAAAAAUUCUUGGUUUCUUCUUUUAAUAUUUUAUUUAAAUAAAGAAAAAUUACAACAUA